GCGUAUGCAGGUCCCUCCCUCUCCGCUCCAUGCCUGGCUCCAGCCUGCCCUGUCCGCCUCUGAGCCUGCUGGGAGUUGGGAGAAACGGGAGAAAGCGUCGAGGGAGAGCGAGCAAGGGGCGGGUGGGGGGAGUGAGUGUGUGCGCGAGUCACAGACUGGAAAUCAAUGCCAAGAAGCCACGCACACUCACAAUUCAUAUCGAGUUCAAAGACCUCAUGACGGCUUGUUGGUGCUACUUUACAGAGAGCUGCGAAAAGUCGCAACAGAGACCCCUCAAACUUGCGUGCUUGUUUUUUCUUCUUCUGUGGUAGCAGCAGCAGCAGCAGUGCGCCGAGCCGCCGACUGCUCUGAUAGUUGAGUGGUUUCAUUGGCUGGAGCAGGAUUUGCGCAUUGGCCCUGCUGUAUAUCCGCCGUUUAUCCAGAGGGAAGAGGAACAAUGAAGGACUAAACGUUUUUCUUGCUCCAAGUCGAGCUUGUUGCAGACUUAAAUCCUGUGUCAUUUUGUCUCGCGAUUCUUUUUCUUCUUUCUCGAGCGUUCAUUUUCUUUCUUGUCUUGUGUGGGAUGCUUUGGCUGCUAUAGGAUCCCGCUUGUUGACAAACAGUUUUUACAAGAAGUUUACAACAAGCAAGACAGAAAAUGUCCACGCCAAGGUUCAAAAAGGAUAAAGAAAUCAUCACGGAGUAUGAGAGUCAAGUCAAAGAGAUCCGGGCCCAGUUAGUGGAACAGCAGAAAUGUCUGGACCAGCAGACCGAGAUGAGGGUCCAGCUGCUGCAGGACCUCCAGGACUUCUUCAGGAAGAAGGCAGAGAUUGAGAUGGAAUACUCCAGAAACCUGGAGAAACUGGCUGAGCGCUUCAUGGCAAAAACUCGCAGCACCAAGGACCACCAGCAGUACAAGUGA